ACCACGCUACACUACACUGUCUCUCUCUCCAAAGGCAGGCGUACAUGUAGGUAUUGGCCUCCAGCUUUUCCUUCCUCCCCUUCUCCUUCUCUCUAAUGAUAUCUUAAGCGGAGGGAGGAAGCCAGGGAGAGAGAAAAGGCUAUAGCUCAAGGCAAGGCCAGGAGCUAGCUCGGGGACAGUCAGUGUGUGUGUGACCUCCCGGAGAGCUCGGUCGCUGCACCACGACUUCACCAGAGAUCAGAUAAUAAUAAGCCCCGGGCUUGUCUCCCAUGGAGGACAUCACCGCGCACCACUUCGGGCUUGGCGCCAGCGGCCAUGGCCACGGCCACCUCCCAUGGUCUUCUUCCUCGCUCAGCGCCGUCGUCGCGCCCCCGCCUCAGCAGCAGCAGCAGCAUCAAGGCUAUCUGGCGCCCAGCCCGCUCUCCCUGAACACGGCGGCGCCCAGCCACGGCAACCCCGUGCUGCAGCUGGCCAACGGCAGCCUCCUGGACGCGUGCGCCAAGGCCAAGGAGCCCUACGCCGCCGAUGUUGAAGCCAUCAAGGCCAAGAUCAUCUCCCACCCCAUUUACCCUUCCCUCCUCGCCGCCUACCUCGACUGCCUCAAGGUGGGGGCGCCGCCGGAGGUGUCGGAGAGGAUGUCGGCGGUGGCGCGGGACCUGGAGCUACGGCAGAGGGCCGGGCUCGGUGGCCUCGCCGCCGCCACGGAGCCAGAGCUGGACCAGUUCAUGGAGGCGUACAGCGAGAUGCUGGUCAAGUACCGGGAGGAGCUGACCCGGCCGCUGCAGGAGGCCAUGGAGUUCCUGAGGAGGGUGGAGUCGCAGCUCAACUCGCUCUCCAUCAACGGCAGAUCGCUGCGCAAUAUCCUUUCCUCCGGCUCUUCUGAAGAAGAUCAAGAAGGCAGCGGAGGAGAGACAGAGCUUCCUGAGAUUGAUGCGCAUGGUGUGGACCAGGAGCUCAAGCACCAUCUCCUGAAGAAGUACAGUGGGUACCUGAGCUCCCUCAAGCAAGAGCUGUCAAAGAAGAAGAAGAAAGGGAAGCUCCCUAAGGAUGCUCGCCAGCAGCUCCUCAGCUGGUGGGAAAUGCACUACAAAUGGCCAUACCCCUCGGAGAGCCAGAAGGUGGCCUUGGCCGAGUCGACCGGCCUUGACCUGAAGCAGAUCAACAACUGGUUCAUCAACCAGAGGAAGCGCCACUGGAAGCCGUCUGACGAGAUGCAGUUCGUGAUGAUGGAUGGGUACCAUCCCCCAAACGCAGCCUUCUACAUGGACGGCCACUUCAUCAACGAUGGUGGGCUCUACAGGUUCGGGUAGGUCUGCUAGCCCUCAUUCUCUGGCCAUGGCCACGAUCGGCUCCAAUGGCCGUGAGUCCCUUAUGCUGACGAAGCACUUGGGACCGAAGAUGAUCCAAGCUUAGUUGAGUCUGUGUGUGCCCGCAUGCGCGCUGGAAGGAUGCCGUAUGCUUAUUUUGUUAAUUAUGUUAUGUACUGGCGUAUCAUUUAUGCGUGGACUCACUUCGCUUUUGUGUGGCUUAUUGCGAUUGACGCGAAACUAUAUGGACUAGUGUUGGCCUGUUGCUACAUGCCCGGCUACGUGCAUGUUUGAAUAAUUUGCAUGCUGAUCUCUAGCUAGCAACUUUCUGCCCAUUCUGGUCAGCUAGUUCUGGCAAGUACAAUCAUCGAUUUAACUUAUUCCAUGUCUA